AAAAAAAAAAAAAGAAAAAAAAAGAAAGAAAGAAAACGCUACUCAACAAGAGCAGAGGAUAAAUAAAUGAAAUAGAUCCCGUCCGUCCGUCUAUAAAAAAGAAGAUCAAGGGCCGAAGUGCCUCCACGUGGACGAAUCCAAAUCACGAAAUUUGUGUCCUAAGCCAAGACGAGGGCGAGGAAGGUUCCGGCGAGAGCGGAAGCAGCAAUGAAGGCCUUGCUGGGGGAGAAGGCGGCGGAGGGUGGUGGUGGUGACUCAGCUCCACCUGAGGGCCCAGGUGCAGGCCCAGGAGUAAGUGAGGGUGGCCCAGGUGGAGAAGAGGUGGAAGAAGGGGUGGGUGCCUCAGACGGCGUGGAGGCUGGUGCUGAAGGAGAAGGAGGAGAGGCUGCAGGGGAAGAAGCUGGAGCUGGUGUAGGGGAAGGUGUAGAAGGUGUAGGUGUAGGUGUAGGUGUAGGUGUAGGUGUAGGUGGUGUUGUUGUGGGAGAUGGGGCUGGGGCUGAUCUAGGUGGUGGUGGUGGGGUUGUUGUUGGUGCCUGUGUGGGUGCACCACUUGGGGCUUGUGCUAUGCAUGAGGUAGCCAAGAGCCCCAGGAUGAGAAGAAAUUGUACUGCGCCACCACCCAUCUUAGAGAGAGAACAAACUGCUAGUGCCUCUGUCUCUGUGUGUGUGUGUGAAAGAGAGAGAGAGAGAGGAGAGUUGAGCAGUGGAAGAUGAUAAGGAACAGAAUAUAUAAAAAAGAUUGUAAGUGGGGGGGCU